CUCUUAGAGCCUAAGGUGCCCCUCGCAAACGCGGAGGCUCUCGUAUAUAAAGAGAGACUGACAAUCGUCGUUUCGCAAUCAUUCGUCCUUUCGUUCUUGCACACUAAAGAGCCGAACAGAGAAACCAAUCCUGCAGAUUGAAUUUCAUCGGGAAUUCUGUCAUCAUCUGGCUGCCAUUCCUUCACUUCAGUCAUCUCUAUUAAGAAUGGACGUUGCAAAUAUACGCGUUUUGAUUGUGGCGCUAUUGGUGAUUGGCCUAGCCAGUGCCCAGGUGAAUUUCUCUACCAGUUGGGGAAAGCGUUCGCCUUCUGUUUUACCAGUACCAGCAGCAUCCUCGCCUCAAGGAUCUUACCUCGCGUUACGACAGAAGUUUCAUACCAAGAAGGAGUCCGGCGUGGAAUCACAACAUAACGUUCUUCCGGAUGCGGAUUCCGGAGCGCAAACAGUCUACGACGAAGCCGAAGACCAACGAGCAUCCAGUUUACUACCCAGCCCUUGCCUGUCUCUUCUCAAAGUUUUGAUGUUGGUUAAUCAGAUCGUAGAGACCGAAUUGCAGAAACUGGAGAAAUAUGACCGGCAACAGCAAUAGCGGUCAUUACCAUAGGAAAGGGCGUGGCUACGUGAUUUAGCUGCGAUUCUGACGACAUCGCUUGAUCCGAUAUUUAUCAAACUGUUUACAUUCCAGAGACAAAUCGAUUCAUUUUGUUUUCUCUGUUUAUGUGCAUUUAAAUUUUACUAUCUUCGUCUUUUUGUGAUUAUUGUGACGUACCGGCAGUCAACACGUGUCCGUCGAGUUGAAACAUCCAACGAUUGUGUCUUUGUCGUGAAAUACUAUAAAUAUUUAAUAUUUAUAAAUGUAACAAUUGUCAUUCGCGUAUUUUCGUCUUUGACAUUACACAAUCGACAGUGA